AUGCAAACCUUCUUAUUUUGUAUAUUCCUAGUUGUUUUGUCAGCAUCUGAAGUUAGUGGAAUUGUGAGUGAUUCAACUAGACAAGCAGUCCAAGAAGCAUUAUUCGAAGCGUUGAAAACAAUGGAUUUGGUAACAGAACCGUCUGUUUCCGAUGGAUCGAUUGUUGAGUCACAAAUCGCAAACGAAGAUUCAAAGAAGUUGCAGUUCAAUGCUGAAGUUUUGGAGUUGGCAAGUCAAAUUUUGGUGGAAAAAUAUGGAGUUGGGAUUCUGGAAGAUGCGAAUGAAGUACUUCAAGAGAUGACCGCAGUUUCUGAUAGUUCUGAAGAAAGUAACGAUUCUUAG